AUACAAUUUAUUACCCUUGAUUUUUUCUGAAAAACGUCAUCAUCCAAAAAUAUAUAGCUACGUAAGAGGAAAGUAGUGAAAUCGAGUGAAACGUUAUUAAUCUGUAGAGAUUUUUUUAGCUGCAAUCACAAAAGAAUAAGAGUAAAGUUACGAUGGAUAAAACUAAAACCGAUUCUAAUUUUGAAUUGCCACCUCUUCGGCGUUUGGAUGACUUUUUAUUGGAAUACGCUCGUUUUCAAAUACCAAAUUUUAAAGAUCUUGAUAAAUGGGGUAACAGAGUCGUAAAUAAUUUGCUUUAUUAUCAAACAAAUUAUUUGUUCAUGUUUGUGAUUAUUUUUCUCGUUGUAGGAUUAAUUCAUCCUGUAAAAAUGUUAGUUGGGAUGUUAGCAAUGGCAGUAAUAUUGGGAGGAUUUGCCUAUGUUUCGACCGAAGGAAGAUUAAUACACCAAUUUAAGCAACAAUAUCCAGGUGUAGGUAUACUUGGUAUAAUAUUGGCAGCAUGUUUUGCAACAUAUACAUUAGGAUCUCUUCUAGUUUUUCUACUUGGCAUCCUGUUACCAUUUGCAGUUAUAUUUGUACAUGCUUCUCUGAGACUAAGGAAUAUUAAAAACAAACUUGCUAAUAAAAUUGAAGGUAUUGGUUUGGCACGAACACCAAUGGGCAUUUUUUUGGAACAUCUUGAUGCGAGGAGCGCAACCUUACGUUCCCUAAAGUAUUUCAUUAAAACACGCGACUAACAACCAGUUUUGAAAUAUGUGAUUGUACUAUACUUUAAUGGGUUAUAUAUAAUGAUUAUCCUUAUAAAUCAUUACUUCCCUAAGGAAAAAAGGUUCUUCAUAUAUAAUAUUAAUUAUACUUUAUUAUUCUGUAAUUUAUACCAUCACACAAUUUGAAUAUAUUUUAUUAAUAUGAAAUUAAA